CAAGCUAAACGAUGCGAGCGCUCGCAGCCGUCGCCCAGUAGAGUUUCCCAGCUCGCGGACCAAGCACAACAACACCGAAAAAAACAGACAGUGUGAGGGCAAUAUACGAAGACAAGUGCUUUUUUCAAACAAGUGUCAAACGUUAUCGUGGUGGAUUUUUUUAAUGCUUUAACUAGUCGCCGACAGAGCGCGAGAGAGUGGAACGAGAGCGAGUCAGCCAGCCUAGCGAGGGAUAAGGAAGAAAGAGGGAAAAUAAUUGCUGGUAUAUUUUGGUCCUCGCCAACCGUUACUUUGGAUAUCAAGAAGAUCAGAGGUUGUGUAGUCAUGGGAUGUACACUGAGCGCCGAGGAGAGAGCGGCUUUGGACAGGAGCAAGGCUAUCGAGAAAAACCUAAAAGAAGAUGGAGUCACUGCCGCGAAAGACGUAAAACUACUCCUGCUUGGGGCUGGGGAGUCAGGAAAAAGUACCAUCGUGAAACAGAUGAAGAUUAUCCAUGAGGAUGGCUUCUCUGGAGAUGAUGUGAAGCAGUACAAGCCUGUGGUCUACAGCAACACAAUCCARUCUCUGGCUGCCAUCGUCCGUGCCAUGGACACCCUGGGCCUGGAGUACGGAGACAAGGAGAGAAAAGCUGAUGCUAAGAUGGUGUGUGACGUGGUAAGUCGUAUGGAGGACACUGAGCCCUACUCUCCUGAGCUCCUGGGGGCUAUGAUCCGCCUGUGGUCUGACUCCGGCAACCAGGAGUGCUUCAGCCGUGCCCGAGAAUACCAGCUCAAUGACUCUGCCCAAUACUACCUAGACAGUUUAGACCGGAUCGGUGCACCUGACUACCAGCCCACAGAGCAGGACAUCCUCAGAACCCGAGUCAAGACCACUGGCAUUGUAGAAACUCACUUCGUCUUCAAGAACCUGCACUUCAGGCUGUUUGAUGUGGGAGGUCAGAGGUCGGAGAGGAAGAAAUGGAUCCACUGCUUUGAGGACGUGACAGCCAUUAUCUUCUGUGUGGCACUGAGUGGGUACGACCAGGUGCUGCAUGAAGACGAAACCACGAACCGCAUGCAUGAGUCUAUGAAGCUGUUCSACAGYAUCUGUAACAACAAAUGGUUCACAGACACCUCCAUCAUUCUAUUUCUCAACAAGAAGGACAUAUUCGAGCAGAAAAUUAAGAAAUCUCCCCUUAGUAUCUGCUUCCCGGAGUACACAGGCACGGACACCUUCAUGGAGGCGGUGGGCCACAUACAGUCUCAGUACGAGAGCAGGAACAAGUCCCUCCAAAAGGAAGUGUAUGCCCACAUCACCUGUGCCACCGACACCAACAACAUCCAGUUUGUGUUUGACGCUGUCACCGAUGUCAUCAUCGCCAACAACCUGCGUGGUUGUGGCCUGUAUUAACCCAGAGGAUAGGCCCAGUGUGUCCCUGGAUAGACMCUUUUUCUCCACUUUUCCCUCAGUCUUUUAUGGUUUUAGAUUUGUUUAUAUAAUAAAACAUUUUAAUUCAGUUGUAGAAAGAGAGAUAGCUGUAUUUUAGGCCUCAGGCUUUGCACAUCACAAGGAGAGGUGAAGACAGGAAAAAGAGAGGACUCUUGAAUGGAACAAUUAGUUUAGUUUGAUAAAGAAUAUACAUUUUGACAAUUUGAUACAAAAGUCAUUUUAGUGGUAGAUUAUUUCUGUAUGUUUGGCAAUAUGCUGCAUUGUUUUACUAAAACACUUACACAAUGUUACACAACAGUAAUGAUUGCCUAACUGGAAUUGGGUCACCACCAUAAACAAUAAUAUACAGUUUACACGGAAAACUGCUCAUCUUUACCAACAAAGUAUCUCUUUUGCUUAUUGAGUAGUAGUCAUCUGAUAUGAGAGGAAUUUGUGCCUGGACAGUUUUGUGAAACACUUUGAAGUGGGAAUUGGAGUUGAAGAGUUGGAGAUGUGUUUGUGGCUAGUGGAAGAUGUUACCGUGUAAAUAAUGUGAAUUUCAGGAUUUUUUUKGGUUUAAAUAUUAUUUGUUGUUCCGCUUAUAUGUCAUGUGGGUUCUAAGAUUUUUGUAUUGGAUGGCUUUUUUGGCUAUUGUCUAAUAUUUGUACGAUUCAAUGAUUCGGUGUGAAAUGUGUAAGAUUUGAAAGUACAGCCAAAGAUGUUUUGAGCUCUGGUCUCACUGAAGGGUACAUUUACCCAAACCGUACAGUGUAUUUGCGUAACUAAUUGUAGCCCAUUUAUAAUGGAAAUUGGUAGCAGUGGUAAUCUUCAUAAAAGUCACUGCCUGUUGAGUUAGAGCURUAGAAAUAUUCACCCGUCAUAUUUAGUUCAGAUUUUCUUGUUGAGGUUUAGGUGCCUCAGCAGUCUCAAUCAAGCACUGGGAGUUGUUUGACUUACAUUGAUGGUGAUUGGCCUGGCCUAAUUUGCCUUACCGGUGCCAAUGCUAUAUUCUUAAUGGGAGCGUCAAUAGGAUAAGCAGUAGGUAUUUAAUGUGUGUGUGUGAGGUCAAAUAAGUUAGUAUCUGUUUGUAGUAUACUGUAAGAGAGAGCGUGUGUAGGAUGAGGUUAUCCAGGAAACAGCUGUUCCAUUCCUCAUUACACAGAACCUCAGGGAGGACACCAAAUGUCACAACACCCUCCCUGUCGUAUGCCAGAUAAUGCCAAACCACUCCAAGAAGGGGGAAAACCUGUUGGUUUCUUGCCAAAUAAAACCCUGCUCCCUGAGGUUUGAUUCCGUCCUCCUCCUUUAGCUGUGCUCUUGUCAUGGCUGUAGAAGCUCUCUUCGAAAUCACUAAUUUGUCACACCCAUGCAGGUGCUGGGUGAGUGGGGGUAGGGCAGCCUUAGCUGGCAGGUGCAGCCUCUUGUGUGUCAGGUGACUCUGACAGCCACUGYGGCUCCACAACAGGACAUGGUCUCUGAGUUCUCAUGGGGAGAAGAAAUCUCAUUCUGUGCCAAAUCUGUUGAGACAGUGUUGGUGUGCCACAUUUUAUGAUGAAUAAAAAGCUUGUCCUUGCUGCGGUGUCGGCAGUCAGAGUCACAGCUGGAGUUUUCUAUACCAGAGGCUAAACUAAGAUGGAAGCCAUCAGAAGUCUAGCAGGGCAUGUGUGUGUGUCCCAGAGCACCCACCCAGAUGGUCUCUCUGCUCAUCGUAUAGCUUGGCCUUACACCUGACUGAUGGCCUAUAAAGCCUGUGUCCUUGGUCCAGGGAAUGAAGGGUAAUAAGAUCAGCGAACGGCAGGCAGAGAGAACGCUGGGUAAUAGAGUUUAUGUGCACAGCAGUGAGGCUGAUGGAGUUUUAGGGCCAAGGUAAAGAGACAGAUUGGUAAGUGUGUCUGCUGGAGAGAAACGGAUGGGAGGUACAAUAUGUGGCCCGGAGAGAGAGAGAGAGGGAGAGGGAGAGAGAGAGGGAGAGAGAAUACACAGUAGUGUGGUCCUCUGAUGUAAUAGAGAUUAGUUUACCACGUCUGCACUUUGCCUUGGUGGAGAUGGUUCACGUGAUGUACAGGAGCUGUAAUACAGUUGAUUAGCUGUCAGGCUCUCCCAGUACCCAGUGUGUCAGUCCCAGGCAAGCGCACACACAUACAAAACACAUACACACACCAAGGUACUUCCAAUCACAGCAGGCAAAACAUACCAAUAUUUCARYUGCAGCCAUAAAUAAUAAAACAAUCGGCACAACAAUAUAACUUUUGAAAAGGAGAAUUCUUUCCCUGAAUGCAUUUCACCCUGUGUUACACAAAGACUGCCUCUGCAUCAGCAUGGGAGGAAUACAUUGGAGACUAUUCUCUGGAGCUUACCACAACCCCUAUGAGGAAAUUUAAUUGUUGUUCAUUUGAAAAUGCAGUGUCCGUCCAAACCGUACCAAGCCACCAACCCACAAGCAGCACUAGGAUGCUGACAGUACAGUACGUCAURGUAUGAUUUAGUGCCUGUUCUCUAGUAGGUGUUGUUUGUGUCUCACUGAUGUAAUUAUUGUUUGCUCAUUCGUCUCUUUCACUGUUAUGAUUAUUUAUUGAAGGGUGUAUUUAUAUCAAGGAAAUAAUAAAGCACCACAUGAAACUCU